AGCGCGAAUGUUGCGUGUGGCACGGCGUCUUUCAUUGUAAACAAUAGGAUCGUUUUCAUUCACCGUUCCGACGCGUGAGAAACCCUUUCUGUACGGAAGGACACAGUAACCUUACACAGGCAGUCAGCUCGAGUCGAAGAGGAGUUUCCGCGAUGAUGUCCGAAAGUGCAAACGGCGUGGAACAGCGGGACGAACAGACUGAAGUUGAAGAAACCGGAGGAGUGGAGGAAAAGUCUGACUCAUCGGAGGCCGGGAAAGAGUCUUCAUCAGAAGCUGGACAGGAUGGACAAGAUCCGUCCUCUUCAUCACAGACCAAGGACUCUACACCAGGCUAUGAAGAGAAAGUGCAAACAGAUCGGACGAACAGGUUUGAGUACCUGUUGAAGCAAACUGAGGUGUUCGCCCAUUUCAUCCAACCAGCAGCACAGAAGACACCCACUUCUCCCUUGAAGAUGAAGCCAGGACGUCCUCGCAUCAAGAAGGAUGAAAAACAGAACCUUCUAUCUGCUGGAGACAACCGUCAUCGUCGCACAGAGCAAGAGGAGGAUGAAGAACUUCUUAAUGAAAGCAACAGGGCUACUAAUGUCUGCACUCGCUUUGAUGACUCCCCAUCAUAUGUCAAAACGGGUAAAAUGAGGGAUUACCAAGUCCGUGGUCUGAACUGGCUCAUCUCUCUGUAUGAGAAUGGAAUCAAUGGCAUCCUUGCUGAUGAAAUGGGUUUGGGAAAGACCCUUCAGACGAUCUCCCUACUUGGCUACAUGAAGCACUACAGAAAUAUUCCAGGCCCCCACAUGGUGCUGGUGCCCAAAUCCACCCUAUACAACUGGAUGAAUGAGUUCAAGCGCUGGGUGCCUUCACUUAGAGCUGUCUGUCUUAUUGGAGACAGAGAUGAGAGGACGGCCCUGAUCAGGGAUGUCCUGCUGCCAGGGGAGUGGGAUGUGUGUGUCACCUCUUAUGAGAUGCUGAUUAUUGAAAAGGCAGUUUUCAAGAAGUUCAACUGGAGGUACCUGGUCAUUGACGAGGCCCACAGGAUCAAGAAUGAGAAAUCAAAGCUGUCAGAAAUUGUUCGAGAAUUUAAAACUACUAACCGCCUGCUGCUGACUGGAACACCCCUGCAAAACAACCUCCAUGAACUUUGGGCUUUGCUCAAUUUCCUGCUGCCUGAUGUCUUCAACUCAUCUGAGGACUUUGACUCCUGGUUCGACACAAACAAUUGCCUUGGUGAUCAGAAGUUGGUUGAGCGUCUUCACACUGUGCUGCGUCCUUUCUUGCUACGUCGUAUAAAAGCUGAUGUAGAGAAGUCUCUGCUUCCAAAGAAAGAGAUUAAGAUGUAUGUGGGCCUGAGUAAGAUGCAGAGAGAAUGGUACACAAAGAUUCUGAUGAAGGACAUAGAUAUCCUGAACUCAGCAGGCAAGAUGGACAAGAUGCGUCUGUUGAAUGUACUGAUGCAGUUGAGGAAGUGCUGCAACCACCCAUACCUGUUUGAUGGGGCUGAGCCAGGUCCCCCCUAUACCACUGACCUCCAUUUGGUUGUUAACAGUGGCAAGAUGGCGGUGCUGGACAAGUUACUACCCAAAAUGAAAGAUCAGGGUUCCCGUGUGCUAAUUUUCAGUCAGAUGACCAGGAUGCUGGACAUCCUGGAGGACUACUGUAUGUGGAGGAAUUAUGGCUAUUGUCGCCUUGAUGGUCAGACCCCACACGAAGAGAGACAGAUCUCUAUCAAUGCAUACAACGAACCCAACAGUAGUAAGUUCAUUUUCAUGCUGAGCACCAGGGCUGGAGGAUUGGGUAUCAACCUGGCCACAGCAGAUGUUGUUAUCCUGUACGACUCAGACUGGAACCCUCAGGUGGACUUGCAGGCCAUGGACCGAGCUCACAGGAUUGGUCAGCAGAAGCAGGUGCGUGUGUUUCGCUUCAUCACCGAGAACACGGUGGAGGAGAGGAUUGUGGAGAGGGCUGAGAUGAAACUACGCUUGGACUCCAUUGUCAUCCAGCAAGGAAGGCUAGUGGACCCAAGUGCAAACAAACUGGGUAAGGAUGAGAUGCUGUCCAUUAUUCGCCACGGCGCCACCCAUGUGUUUGCCUCCAAGGAGAGCGAGAUCACUGAUGAUGACAUUAACGUGAUUCUGGAGAGGGGAGAGAGGAAGACUAUGGAGAUGAAGGAGAAGAUGUCCAACCUGGGUGAGAGCUCUUUGAGGAAUUUCACCAUGGACACAGAGAACAGCAGUGUUUAUACAUUUGAAGGAGAGGACUACAGAGAGAAAAAAAAAGUCAUCACCAAUUGGAUUGAGCCACCCAAGAGAGAGAGGAAGGCCAACUAUGCAGUGGAUGCCUACUUCAGAGAGGCUCUACGAGUCAGUGAGCCCAAAGCACCAAAGGCUCCUCGACCCCCCAAGCAGCCCAAUGUCCAGGACUUCCAGUUCUUCCCUCCCCGUCUGUUUGAGCUUCUGGAGAAGGAGAUUCUGUUCUACAGAAAGACUAUUGGGUAUAAGGUCCCGCGUAACCCUGACAUGCCAAACUCGGCACAGCAUCAAAAGGAGGAGCAGGCGAAAAUUGACGAGGCUGAGGCCCUAUCUGAAGAGGAACUUGAGGAGAAGGAGAACCUUCUCUCACAGGGCUUUACUAUUUGGAACAAACGUGACUUCAAUCAGUUUAUUAAAGCCAAUGAGAAGUGGGGAAGAGAUGACAUUGAGAACAUUGCCAGAGAAGUCGAGGGUAAAACUCCUGAAGAAGUCAUGGAAUACUCAGCUGUGUUCUGGGAGCGCUGCAAUGAGCUGCAGGACAUAGAGAAGAUUAUGGCUCAGAUAGAAAGAGGAGAGGCUAGAAUCCAGAGAAGGAUCAGUAUCAAGAAGGCACUGGACUCAAAGAUUGGUCGUUACAAGGCGCCUUUCCACCAACUGCGAAUCUCCUAUGGUACCAACAAAGGCAAGAACUACACAGAGGAGGAAGACCGCUUCCUUAUUUGUAUGCUUCACAAGCUGGGCUUUGAUAAAGAGAGUGUGUACGAUGAGCUACGCCAAUGUAUCCGCAACUCGCCCCAAUUCCGGUUUGACUGGUUCCUCAAAUCCCGAACUGCCAUGGAGCUGCAGAGGCGAUGCAACACCUUGAUUACACUGAUCGAAAGAGAGAACAUGGAGCUCGAGGAGAGGGAGAAAGCUGAGAAAAAGAAAAGGGGGCCAAAGUCUAGCUCGGCCCAUAAGCGCAAGUCCGAGAGCAACCCAGAUGGACGUGGACGCAGGAAAAAACUGAAGUUGUAAAAAUUUUCAUACAGUGGCUGAACAAGCGCAUCAGCCAGCUCCAGUAUUUACAGUUGUAGCAUCUGUAUUUGUUUCACGGGAUGUAAUGAUGUACUGUGUAGUAAACCUCCCAACCGAACUUCUUCUCGCUAGCCACGUUAGCGUCUAGUCGUAGAAGGUAGGAAGUGCUCAUUUGCAGAUGCGCCUCCUAGUGACUCACCCAAAUACUGCAGCUGUGCUGGUGUAGUUUGCCACCUUUCAUUUUGAUUUUUUUUUUUUUACUUGUACUUGAGUUUAAGAUAAAUGUAUUUAUGCCUGUUGGUUGUACUACAUUCCAAUGCUUGUAAUGACGUGUACCCCCCCCUCCCUUUUUUAGAAACUUAUUUUACCUUCCUAUGUGAAGUAGAAAAUGUCUUUUUGAACAUCAUAAAUAAACGUCCCCAUUUUAUUAAAAAAAAAAUCAUCUUGAAUGCAUGCAUUCAGCUAAGACAGACACUGAUCCAAAAACAUACAUUUG